AGCAUUAGUCAGUCGGGUCAUGUAUUGUUCACGAUACCCCGCUGUCCGUCUAUCAGUCCAGGGCAGUUUUGUAAGUCUCGGCCGAUAUCCGCGGCCGAGUCUUCGGAUCCGGAUCCUCUCAAUACAUAUAACUAUCAAUGUAUUCACCAUCUCUUUUCUUUUGCCUCGAUCAGUUCUCCCUUCCAAGCAUCUCAGUUCAAGAACAAAGAAUCAAAGUAUCGCCAUCGUCAGCACGUAUAUAUCGAGCCAGAUUCAUUGUGAUAUCAUUCUCUGAGGAAAGAGAACGCCCAUCACCACACAAUACCAUUCCAACUCCAAUACCCAACACCCAUAUAAUCAACCCAACACCAUGCAGAUCCUUCUUCUCGGAGCCACCGGCCGCACAGGCAUGCUAGUCCUCCAGGAAACCCUCAACCGCGGCCACACAGUCACCGCUCUAGUCCGCAACCCAGGCACCCUCCUGUCCUCCUCCGCCGCCGCCGCUUCGGCUCAGGAGAAGGGCCAGCUCAACGUCAUCCAGGGCACUCCCUUGGAACCUUCUGACGUGGCUCGAGCCAUCGAGACGGCGACAUCAACCGUAGACACUACCACCAGCACGCCCACAGCAGACGCGCAGCAGCUCGUUGUCAUAUCAACUCUCAACGCCCGCCGCACCACUGACAACCCCUUCGCGGCCCCCCAUCCAACCGACUCCGCCCCACGAAUGAUGGCCGAUAGCACCGCAAACGUCCUCUCGGCCCUCUCGGCCACCCACCGACGAGGAGAUAAGAUCGUCGUCCUCUCGGCCCUGGGCGCCGGCAGCUCGGCGCCCCACACCCACUGGGCCCUGCGCGCUCUAUUCCGCCAUAGCGGGAUGCGUUACCAAUACGCUGACCACGACGCCGUGGAGCAGGAGCUCAGACGCGGGACGGCUGUAUUCGUCAUGGCGCGCCCGACGCGGCUUGUGGAGGAGAAGAAGAAUGAGGAGGCCAGCGGAGAGAAGGGUGCCGUUGCAAAGGUCUUUGAUCCCAGCAGGGGCGGGACGGUGGGGCUGAUGGCGACUGUGUCCAGAGACGCCGUCGCGAGGUUUCUCGUGGAUGCCGCUGAAGGGAGCCGGUACGAUGGGCAGGCGCCUAUUCUCGUCGGCUAA